UGACCGCUCUAGUAAAAAUCUAUUAUUCGUGACUUUCAGUUAUAUUUACGGCUGUAAAUGUAGCUACUCACAAUAAUAGAGAGGCUUUUAGUAUUAUAACAAUGGCUCGUGUUGUAAAAGUGUUUCGGACUCUACGAAAUCACUGGAAGAAAUCUACAGUCGCUGUGUGCGUCCUGUCCUACGGGGGAUACUUUCUGUAUGGUAAACAAUGUGACAAUGCUGUGCGCAGAGAGGCUUGUCAGUUGGCAAAGGAAUUUGGACGUCAAUUGAUAGCACCCCAGGAGCAGCUGAAAAAGGCCACUGUGAUUUUGAACCCUGCAGCUUCCAGUGGGAAAGCCAACAAUUUGUUUGAAAAGAAUGCUGCACCUAUUUUACACCUGGCUGGAGUGGAGAUUACUGUAGUCAAGACUGACUAUGAAGGCCAGGCAAAAAAACUGAUUGAGCUUAUGGAACAAACAGACAUGUUGAUUGUAGCUGGAGGGGACGGCACUUUGCAGGAGGUCAUCACAGGUUUACUGCGGAGGCCAGAUCAAGAAACCUUCAGUAAUACACCAAUUGGAUUCAUUCCACUGGGUGCUAAUAAUUCCCUGAGUCCAAGUCUUCAUCUACUUAGUGACAACAAGGUGAAAAACAUUACAUCAGCCACGUUGUCCAUUUUGAAAGGAGAGACUGUACCUUUGGAUGUGCUACAAAUCAAAGGAGAGAAAGAACAGCCUGUCUUUUCUUUGGUUGGAUUGCGCUGGGGUGCUUUUAGAGAUGCAGCUGCAAAAAUUAGCAAAUACUGGUACCUUGGACCAUUGAAGACCAGCGCAGCGCACUGGCUUUACACCCUGAGGGAAUGGCCUGUCGUCCGAGAUGUUUCCAUUUCUCAUUUAGCUCCCACACUUCGCCCUCCUGACCUGCCCUCUCAGAAGCCCCCCAGGCCUAACCUGAUUUACCGCAUCAUCCGCAGACUGAAGAACUACUGGAACCCUCCAGUUGAAGAGCCUCCAAAAGUGGAAGAGCCAGAGAAGUGGGAAGAACAGCAGCUGUCGACAGUGGAGUUCUACAUUCAAACACACAACAAAAACCCAGUGGAGAGGCGAGUAAAUGACUCUCUGAUGAUCUGUGCCGAGCCAAACAACUUUACCGUGGGCGAGUUCAUCUCUGUCGGAAAUAAAAAACAAAAGGACCCAACAAUAUUCACAGAAAAUUCCACAAAACUGGAAGCCAGUGCUUGUCACGUAAAGCUGCUCGAGGGUGCCUCUGGCUUCUACAAUAUUGACAACGAGGAGUAUGAGGCCAUGCCUGUAGAGAUAAGGCUGUUGCCAAGGAAACUCCGCUUCUUCAUCAGUGCAGAGCGCAGAGAGCAGCUCCUCGCACAGCUACAGGGAUGAAAAAAACAUAACUCGGCAAAAGCUAACUUUUAAAGAAACAUCACGUCGUAAAAUCCAGAAUGAAUUCUGAAAAUGGAUUUCCAUUUGUCCAUGACUUUUAAAAUGGUUAUAAAAGCUGUUGGUCAGAGCAGUUUCCUUUUCAACAUGUAAAUAAGAAGUUGGAGUUAAUUUAACCAGCUCAGAACAGAUGCCUUUACAUAAAAGGACCAAGACCUAUUAAUUAUUUAAC